AACACAUCUGUCAUCGACUCUAUCACAUUGUUCAUCUCGGACACAGUCAGUCAACUGAAACAAGCUACAUCGGUUGGCGUUCUCACACAGCUGACACCUGCAAUUCACGGGCUGUACCGCGCUGUCACAUCGACUUCAUAUCCAUGGUCGGCUAGUCAGUGGUGCAAGCUGUCCAAUGCACUUAGGCUUCUAGUAACCCCAGAUGUCCUUGAAAGGAUCAAUCGUCUACUGCUGGAUAUUCAUCAAGAACUGGAGGCUGAUAUAGAUGCCUUUACUUUCUGUCAUACCUUCAUAGCACGAUACAUCAAUCAGGAACGUCCUCUGAGCGGAUACUUCAUCGUGUGCUGUGUCAUGGAGAUGCAGUGGACCAUUCUUGCGCAAGCGCUGGCACCUCCCGAGAAAGCGAAAUACGGUCCAGGCUCAGAGGCUGCAGCAGCUAACAGGGCGCUGCUAGCUUUGAUUCGUCGACCAGCAGUGGACUUGGAUGUCACUGACGCGGUGACUAGAGACUCGCUAAAGGAGACGAUCCAAUACGCUGGACAAUGCUUCAGUGAUCUUCUCCUUCAGAUUGAGAACAUGGACACUGACCCUCCGAUUGACACAUAUGCUUGGGAGACGAUGUCUGAAAGUUUGAAACUUGCUUCUAUAUGCGCCGUUGCUCUCCGAGAGCUGGACAAUGACAUCUUUGAGAAGCUUAAGUUACUCCUUAGUGAAGAAUCUCCGCUGUCAGAUAGUUUAGUGCAAGAAGCGGCACUGAAAGCUAUGACGGUACUUGUGCAGAGUUUCCCAGAUAUAGCUCCUGACAUGAUCAACCAUCUUCGUCGCUUUGUCAUUGCUCCACUGUCGAUCUUCGAAUUUGAGUUCGGCCCGGAGCGACGCACGCCACCGGCGCUGGUGGCUGCCGCGAAGUGCCUCGCAUUAUGCAUUCAGCUUACACCGGAAGAUGAUGCUAUCAUGUCUAACAUGUACUCUCUGCUAAACUACAUUGCGGCAGCUAGCAAAGAAAUCACGGAAGGAGCUCAAGUUAGCAACCCACUCCAUAAUUCAAUGGCGUCUGAGCGUAUGACCCUCCAGAGCGACGACACCGGUCUUCGUGGGAUGAGCGAGGAAGAAAAGCGGCUCAUCGGGAAGACAACAAUCUCUGUUGUCAGCCGGCUGGCAUUGGUGUUUGACAUUGAAGAAGUGACGAGAUUGACCGUUUCAAUGCUACUACAGCGGUUGCGUACCGCAGAGCCAAGCAUUGAAGCAACCGUAGCAUAUAAUCUAGUUGAUCUCGCACUCACUGCACCCGAAAGCUCCUUCAUCGAUAUCAUCCGUGCGUUCUCGUACAUUAACCGCACCGCAAAUUCCGACGACCCAAGGUACUCCAACAACAUGGUAUUAGCAUCUCAAACCAGACUUGCCAAAGAAAUGGACCGGAGACCCGAUCUCUACGAACUAUACCUUGUCGAACUUUUGACUCUGUUCUCUGAUAAGGGUGUUUCAAUUCAGAACAUCGCCAUAUCGGACCACCAUGCGAAGACUGAGGAAAUGACGGCACAACUCGCCUCCCUCCUGCUUCCUAUUGAGGCCCUUCUGACUCAUGUGGAUUUCAACCCUCAAAUCAAUGCAUCACCAGAGCUCGUGUCCCUCUUCCGCAACAUGUGGUUCCUCUGCGUGCUGUUCCAUUUCACGUCUUCUGACUCGGAAGGGAGGGAAAGGAAUGCCAUGGAUUGGAUACAUCCUGCGCUGGUCCGCAUUGCGAGUAAGACGCCCCCUAUAGUUCUUGAAGGAGCACGAAAUGCCACGAGCGAGGUUGAAUACAGUGCUGUAGUACGACAUGAGUAUGCACACUCGAAUGUCACCAGACACCGUACUCUCCUCAACCGACAUAUUGCUACGCGCUACGCUGAGAUUCGAACAUUGUCAACUGGACAGAUCAUCUUCUUGCUAACUAUGCAUGAUAUGGAGGUCAUGCGCUCAGCGGCAGGCCUGCCAUCCUCUCUAGCUGCCUACUUUGCAAAUGGUGGCUUAAAUAGCCAUCCUGGGAUGGGUGCCUGUAUGGACUCUAUUGCUGACAAGGUCAUGCGUGGCAGCAUAGCUGACUUAAACGCCCAAGCGUUGCAGCAAGCGUUGCCUUCCCAGCUCUCGAAUGAGCUUCGAACUUUGCUGGUGUAUAGCACGCAUCGUGUCGCCAGGGUACGCGAGGAGGCGUUCAAGUAUCUCAACCGCUUGAUUACCAGCUUCCCUUCCUUGAUGUGCGACGCACCGCUUGUUUAUGCCAUCCUCGAGGUCCUUACAUUGCUUCGCCGCGCAUGCGAGGAUGAGUUCAUGGACGAGUAUAACCCUGUACAUGAAUACCACUCCGAGCGCGCCGAUGUCACCCUUCACCUUACUGAUGACUACAAAUGUCGGAACGAAAUCAUGGCCCAACUAAAUCAAGCCGCCAACCAAUGGUUCGAGCUGGCCCUGAAUAGAGCGCCAUAUGAACUCCAAUCCACGCUACAGAAAUACCUCGCUGCGACUCAGUCUUUGUCAGGACCUGCGACGAGUGAAUUAGGAGCAUCUAUCGCCGAACAAUAUGGGAAAUCCUUUGGACGUGUUCAGCGUCAUCUCUCAUCACUCGGCACCCUGUCUCAGCUCAAAUCUGAUCGAGCACGGGUGAUGGCAAGUCAGCUUGCGAGCAAAGGGUACUAUGCCGGAGAAGCUGCUGGAAUACGGCUCGCUAAUCGCAAGGAUGAGGAUGACCUGGAUAAGCUGCCCCCCCAGAGUGCUCCUGCCUUCGAGAUUGAGGGCUUGAAGAGAAAGAUGGAAGAAACUCUUGGAGAUAUUCGCGGAAAGCAAAGCGCGUUAACCGUUCAGGACUUGAAGCGCUUGAUGUUCCGUUGUGCUGCUUUGCUCAUCUCGCUUAAGAAGUGUGAUUAUGUUCUCCUGCGCUACCUUGUUAUUCUCCCAUGCGAAGUCUUCACUCCUGCAGCAAUUUCUGCCGGCAUUGAAGUUUGGACUUGGGUGAUUGCAGAGAAGCAAGAGAUCGAAGUUGCACUUGUGACCGAGAUUAUCACUGCCUGGUUCCGUAUCGUGAAAGACAGGAAAGGAGUCUUCUCUAUAUCAUCUAAUUAUGACGAUCCUUUCUGUCAUCCUAUCGACUACGCGCCCACCGAUAAGGAAGAAAUUGACCGCAAUACCUCACAUGCUCGACGUCUGCUGAUGCCCCAUACACUGUUGAUCCAGAUGUUAUUUAGCAAGCUACAGUCGGCGAGAUAUUGCAAACCUACAGUCAUGUUCCUUAUCCAGCGUCUAGUCCUGAGGUCUGCGCAUGCAUAUGAGUCUUUUAGCACGCAUCCUUUGUCUCGGGAGCUACGGUUCUCGUUCCUCUUAUUCGGCUUCGAGGCUUUGAAGAGCUCCUCUUUGGACUCAUGUUGUGAAUCCAUGAUUCGAGAAAGCCUGUAUCGUACGGCGUACGCCUGGUUUGCAUCACGGUCGCAGUGGUCUUACGGCGCCAACCGAGUUCAGAUUCAAGCCGACAUCCAGUCACUUUCUGACUUUCUGUCUUACCUUCAGUCAGAUUCCGUCGUGGGUUUGUCCCCUUUAUCCAGUCUUUCUCCCGUCCAGCUAGCGUCAAGAGCAUCAUGGCACGUUCCGCGACUCAAGAGCAUUAAUCACCCUCUGCGAUUACUUGUGGAGAAUGAGAUAUACAGACUCACUGUCUGGAGCAACCCAAGCAGCGAUCCAAAGCGGGGCACGGACCAGGUAGGAGCCGCAGAACGUACAAUGCUAGAGAGCACAUGGCCAGGAGUUAUACGCACGCUAUGGGAAAUCGACCCUGCCAUUGCUGUCCAAGCAACUGAACGUUUCAAAAGCCAUACAGCCCAGAGCGAAAUUUCAUCACUCGUUCGCACGAAGCCUGCCGAUGUGCUGCACGCUCCUGAAGCUCUACGAUUCCUGAUCGGAGACACGUCUGACGGGAAGUUCAGGCGGGAACUCAAGCACAUCUUACUUUGGGCGCCUGUACCUCCCGUUCUGGCAAUAACCUUCUUCGAACAUCGAUACAACAACGACCCCUUGCUCUUGCAAUUUGCUCACCGUGUUCUGCAAGAACAUCCUGUUGAUCUCACGUUCUUCUUUGUUCCACAAAUUGUUCAGGCUUUACGUUUCGAUGAUUUAGGUUACGUCGCGGAGUUCAUCUUCGAGACUGCCAAGAUCUCACAGCUGUUCUGUCAUCAAAUCAUAUGGAACAUGAAGGCCAACUGCUAUAAAGAUGAUGCGGCAGAAAUCGAAGACCCUAUGAAGCCGGCUUUAGACAGGAUGACCGACAUGGUUGUUCGCUCUUUGUCUGGAGAAGCCAAGUCAUUCUAUGAUCGCGAAUUCAGCUUCUUCCACGAGGUUACUUCCAUCUCGGGGAAACUGAAACCAUUCAUCAAAAAAUCCAAGCUGGAGAAAAAGGCUAAGAUUGAUGAAGAAAUGGCCAAGAUUGUCGUUGACGUCGGGGUCUAUCUUCCCAGCAACCCCGAUGGUGAAGUGAUUGAUAUUGACAAGAAAUCGGGACGGCCUCUCCAAAGUCAUGCAAAGGCUCCCUUCAUGGCGACUUUCAAAGUUCGGAAGGAAAAGACGGUCAUAGACGAAGACGCUGAACUCUUGCUUGAUGGCUCUGGUAUUGAAAAGCGAGAAGAAUACACAGUCUGGCAGCAGGCUAUCUUCAAGGUUGGAGACGACUGCCGACAAGAUGUCCUUGCUCUUCAAGUCAUCGCGAUGUUCAAGAAUAUCUACACAAGCAUUGGAUUGACCCUGUACCUCUAUCCAUACCGAGUCACUGCCACAGCACCGGGUUGUGGUGUUAUCGACGUCGUUCCGAACGCGACUUCUAGAGAUGAAAUGGGGCGCGCGAAAGUUAACGAUCUUCUGGAUUUCUUUGUUUCUAAAUACGGUGGCCAAGAGACCGUGGCAUUCCAACGAGCUCGUCUCAACUUUAUCCAAUCCAUGGCUGCCUACUCGGUUGCGUGCUAUAUCUUGCAAAUCAAGGAUCGUCACAAUGGCAAUAUCAUGAUAGACGGCGAAGGUCACAUCGUCCAUAUCGAUUUCGGAUUCCUUUUCGACAUAGGUCCGGGAGGUGUCAAAUUCGAGCCAAACUCUUUCAAGCUAAAUCAUGAGAUGGUUGUCCUCAUGGGCGGACGCUAUUCUCAAGGCUACGAGCUUUUCCAGCAUUUGACAGUCAAGGCCUUCCUAGCGAUCCGACCUUAUGCAGAUCAGAUUGUUGGCACGGUCCAGCUCAUGCUUGGAACUGGCCUGCCUUCCUUUAAAGGAGAACCUACCAUCAAGAGGCUAAGAGACCGAUUCGCUCUGGGACUGAACGAACGCCAAGCUGCGGAGUGGAUGAUGAGCGUGAUCCGCAACGCCCAUGAAAACGUUCGUAGCGUAGCUUACGAUGAGUUCCAGCGGAUUCAAAAUGGUAUACCAUACAAGUAAAACUCCUGAAAGACAAGCUUAUGGAUUUGAUUGGGUGGAUGGUAGUUGUGUGGGAAACCUCAGGGAAAUCUGCGUGGGCCACGCGACGCGUCUCGGACAACGGAUUUGCAUACUGUAUACCUUGUUCCCACACAAACGCAUGUGUUCAAAAACGCAGUAUGAUAGGCG